AUGGAGGAUCUACGGCAGUAUAGAAUCGAGAAGGACUAUGCACUGAGCAAAGACACAAUGCGAAGGUUUCUCUUUACCUUUGAGAGUGCAGGCACAUUGAAGUACAUGGCGCAAAUAAAGACCCUUCCUAAAACUAAGACAAUCGACAUAGACGUGGCUGAUAUUCUUGAAGACGGAAAUACAGACUUGUAUGCUGAGGUUCUGAAUAAUACUUGCAGAUACCGAGAGAUUGUUUACGAAAUUGUGGACGAAAUGCUAAAGGAGGAGGAAAUAGAAAUGCCAAAGGAGGAUUUGUUCUUUGAGCACAGAAAGGCUCGGGUUAUGGAAAGAUAUCCAAAUAAGUCCGUGUUUGAGGUGCUCACAAAGAGCAUUCUUCGAUACUAUAGUGUAAACAUAUACAGAACAGACUUCCUGUCUUUCAAUCAGGUAACCCCUGAUAUUAUUGGGUCCCUUGUGUGCAUUCGGGGAAUUAUAAGCAAAGCAUCAGACGUGCAUCCGUCUAUUUCAGUGGCUGUGUUUAUGUGUGAUUCGUGCACCUCUGAAGUAUUCCAGGAGGUAGAAGGAGAAACCUUCCUUCCUCUCUCAGAGUGCCAAUCUGAAAAGUGUCGCGCAGGGAGAACAAAGGGCACUCUGCACCUGCAGACUCGCCCCUCUAAGUUCCGCUCAAAGCAAGUUUUCCGGAUCCAGGAGCUUUCAUCAGAAGUAGAGCCUGGAAGAGUUCCAAGGUCGCUUAACGUUGAGGUUUAUGACGGCCUUGUGCGCGCAGCUGUUCCUGGAACAGAAGUGGCAGUUUCUGGAAUAUUCCUUCCAAAGCCAAAUGAGGGUAUUCAAAAAAUGCGAAUGGGCCUGCUGAGCGACACAUACAUUCUUGGAUCGUAUGUAUGUCCUACAAAAAAAGCAUCUGCACUGCCAGUCGCCCCAAGAGACAGGGCUGCAGAAUGUGCGGUAGAUGCCGAGUCAGAGGAUAAAAUAAGUAAUGCGAAUGACCAACAGGAGAAUAUAUUAGGAGAAGAGAACUCACCCGGCACAGUUGAUCUGAUGGCAAAAUCAAUAGCUCCCGAAAUAUCAGGAAUGGAUGAUAUAAAGAAGCUUUUGCUUCUAAUGCUCAUUGGAGGAGAUACAUGCACAGAAGGUGGGCUGCGAAUUCGUGGUGAAAUAAACAUUCUUUUAGUUGGUGAUCCUGGUGUGGCAAAAAGUCAGCUUUUAAAGGCAGUGUGUAGGCUUUCGCCAAGGGGCAUAUUCACAACCGGAAAAGGCGCCAGCGGGGCAGGUCUCACUGCAUGCGUUUCAAGAGACUCUGAAACUGGAGAGCAUAUUCUUGAAGGAGGUGCGCUGGUCAUGAGCGAUGGGGGCAUCUGCUGUAUUGAUGAAUUUGAUAAAAUGCAUGAAAGCGACCGGUCCUGUGUCCACGAGGCAAUGGAGCAGCAUAGAAUAAGCAUCUCAAAGGCAGGUAUCAACACAACACUAAACGCAAGGUGCUCUGUCUUAGCAGCAGCAAAUCCAAUUAAGGGAAGAUAUGUUGAGAAAAAGGGAAUUGCCUGGAAUGCAGGCCUUCCAACCGCACUUAUUUCUCGAUUUGAUGCGGUAAAGGUCAUCCAAGACAUAGCAGGAAAAGGAGAUGAAGAAAUAUGCAAACAUAUUCUAGGAGUUCACAAAAGAAAAGGCGCCAUCUCAGGCGUAAUGCCCUUUGAAAAGCUGGCAUUGGAAAUAAAUAAAUGCAAGCUGGUUGAGCCCUCCCUAGGCCCAGGUGUUCAGGAAAGAAUAGUUUCCGCAUAUUCUCUUGAGCGAGCAAAGGAUGCAAAAAUGCCUGGAAAGGGCCUCCCAGGGACAGCCAGACGAGUUCUUUCUGUUCUUAGAUUCUCCCAAGCGCUUGCAAAGGCACACAGAAGAAAGACUGUUACAGUUCAAGAUGUUGAAGAAGUCCUUCGUCUUCUCGGGUGUGAGGCAAUUAGUAUAUACGAUAUUAUUAUGGAAAUGCCCGGCGGGUGCAGCGGAUCUUAUAAAGUAUUAGAGCUGGAUGCAAUAUACCAAGAGGCCAGCCGCUUUGACAUGAAUGAAAUAGAUGAAUGCAUCCGCAAGCAGGUAGAUAUCGGGGCAUGGUCUCUGAACGGUGACAAACUUACUAUUUUUACAUAACUGUCCUAUUUGCUACUAAUAAAU